AUGCUACAGGAUGCCUCGGAAGCAGGGCAAUCAAUUGUGGUGGAAUCACUGAUUGCAGCUGGAGCGGAUAUCAAUGCCCAGGGUGGAAAGUAUGGCAAUGCCCUCCAGGCCGCAGCAUAUAGAGGACACACUGAGAUAGUGCGGAUGCUGCUUGACGCCCACGUCGAUAUCAAUACCCAGACGGGUGGACAGUAUGGCAAUGCUAUCCAGGCCGCAGCAUAUAGAGGACACACUGAGAUAGUGCGGAUGCUGCUUGAUGCCCACGCCGAUAUCAAUGCUCAGGCGGGUGGGGAGAAUGGCAAUGCCCUCCACGCCGCGGCAUAUAGAGGACACACUGAGACAGUGCGGGUACUACUCGACGCCCACGCUGACGUCAAUGCCCAGGGUGGAGAUUUUGGCAAUGCCCUCCAGGCCGCGGCAUAUUCAGGAUACACUGAGAUAGCGCGGAUGCUACUCGACGCCCACGCUGAUGUCAAUGCACAGGGUGGAUAUUAUGGCAAUGCCCUCCAGGCCGCGGUAUAUACAGGACACACUGAGAUAGUGCGGAUGCUACUCGACGCACACGCUGAUAUUAAUGCCCAGGGUGGAUAUUUUGGCAGUGCCCUCCAGCCCGCUGCAGCUAUGGGAUACACUGAUACAGUGCAGAUGUUACUCGACGCCCACGCUGAUGUCAAUGCUCAGGGUGGAUUUUAUGGCAAUGCCCUCCAGGCCGCGGCAUUUAGAGGGCAUCCUAAGAUAGUACGGAUACUGCUCGACGCACAUGCUGAUGUUAAUGCCCAGGGUAAAAAGUAUGGUAAUGCCCUCCAGGCCGCAGCAUAUGAAGGAUACACUGAGGUAGUGCGGAUGCUGCUCGACGCCCACGCUGAUGUCAAUACCCAGGGUGGAGAGUAUGGCAAUGCCCUUCAGGCUGCGGCAUGUUCAGGGCACACUGAGAUAGUGCAGAUUCUACUCGACGCCCACAGUGAUGUUAAUGCCCAGGGUGGAGAGUAUGGCAAUGCCCUCCAGGCUGCGGCAUAUAGAGGACACAUUGAGAUAGUGCGGAUGCUACUCGACGCACACGCUGAUGUCAAUGCCCAGGGUGGAUACUAUGGUAGUGCCCUCCGAGGCGCUAUAGCUGGAGAAAACAUUGAGAUAGUGCGCAUACUACAAGGCUGA